AAAACAGAGAGGAAAUAAAUUCCGCAAGCAAAUUCUCACACGUGGAAACUGGUGUGACAACUUCAAUCAAAGAUGACUUCAUUAGCACAUCAGUUGAAGCGGCUGGCUUUGCCACAGAAUGACUCUGAUCUGCUCAGCCGGAGAGUGGUGGCCUCUGUGCUCUUUGACCCGAAAGAUGCUGCCAGCAUGGACCGCAGCACCUUCUAUGCCCUGGGCUGCACGGGACUUGAGGAGCUGAUGGGUAUUGAUCCAGCAUUCAGUGAGUUUCAGGAGACUCUGUUUAGUCAAGCCUCUUUGGCUUUAGAGCGCAGUGUUCAGAUCAAAGAGGUGAACAAGAAACUGAACAAGAGCAUCUCACUCUUUCUCACUCGACUGUCACCGUACUUUCUGCUCAAGCCUGCUCUGAAAUGCAUUGAAUGGCUAAUACACAGAUUCCACAUUCAGCUGUACAACCAGGACAGCCUGAUUGCUUGUGUUUUUCCAUAUCAUGAGACUAAAGUGUUUGUACGAGUGAUCCAGCUUUUAAAGAUAGAAGAUCCAACCCACAAAUGGCACUGGCUGCAUGGACUUCAGAAACCUGGUGUUCCCUUGGCCCGAGGAACUCUGCUCACACACUGCUAUAAGGAUUUAGGCUUCAUGGAUUUCAUUUGUUCUAUGAUCACAGAUUCAGUAAAGGCAUACUCUGGAUUCGUCAGGGAUGGGAACUGUCCGCAGCUGCGUGUGAUUUUCUCUUUCUAUGCAUCCACCAUUGUUUCUGCACUUGAUGCAGUGGAGAAGAUAACUAACUCUAUUAUUGCCAAACUGCUUCCAUUUGUACAACUGAAGCUGCUUCUUGAGGAGUAUGUUUCCUGCAGCAUUGAGCUUCCCUCAGAUAGGAUUUCAGCUCUUAAUCAAAGAAUUCAAUCUACUGUACGACAGUUUGAAUCCAGGUAUCCAUGUGCACUGGAUGUGGCACUGGAAAAUCAUGUCAAAAAAGUGUCAUCUGACCAUGAAAAAACAGUGCUUCAUCAGUUCAUCUCUCUAACUAUGAGCUGUGGAAAAUAUCAAAUCCUGCCAGAUUCAGACACCUGUCUGAUGCUCAGUCUGAAUCAUCCACUACCUUCUGUGAGAAAUAUGGCUGUAGACUACCUGAAGGAGAUCCUUGCCUCAGAACAUAAUGGUUUUGAUGAGGCGUUUCUGAAGGAUGCAUUGCUGGAGAGAAUUAAGGAUGAUAUGCCAGAGAUUGUGCUAUCUGCCCUUAAAGCUUUGCAGCUUCACAUGAGCCAUAAUAUGCUGAAGGAUGUUCUGGUCAAAACCUCUCCAUCAGAUAUGCUGGGUGUAGCCAACCAAAUGCUUACUACAACUCUGAUCAAGAACUUGGCCAAUAUGGAUCAUGCAACCAAACGCAACACUUUGCAGAAUGUGUGUGAUAUCCUGAGCCGUCAGGGCAGCAGUGUGCGGGAGAGAGCAGCAUUUGUGGUGUUCAGUAAUGCACUGCUACAGAGUCUGCAGUCCAUGAUGGAGAGUCAACACCUCCACACAGCACAGAGUGUGUACAAACUACUGGAACCUUUACUGCUACAGGUCUACACAAUCCAACCUGAACAGGCUUCUUGUGAGGAGGUAAAUGAGUGUCUGCCAGUCUGUGUGAUUUUGGGUGAGUUUCUGCAGAAAAUGAGCUCUGGCCUCAAUGCAGAGAGAGAACAAGGCCUCCUCCUGCUGUCACUCCUGCGGCUUUUCAUCACGGCACUCAAAUGUCCAGAUUCCACAUUUAAAGAUGAGCCAUGGUGGAACCCAGAGAAAAUGGACGCCAAUACCUGCUGUUACGUGCAUCUCCUGUGUCGUCUGUUUGACUUAGUGAUAUCAGGGGCCAGUCAAGGGCCCUUGGCUCUCUGCUUCAAGAGCCUAAUGCAGCCUCUGUUACAGGUUCACCUGAAUGAGCCGACAACCCUCUUUAAGUUCCUCUCUCUUUUAUGGGGCUACAACAGUAAUUUGGGUGAUCAGUUGGAUUGUCGAGUUAGUGCCAUACUGCAAACUCAGGCUCUUUAUGUGGGAAAGGCUUUGCUUUGCAAUCAGCCAAUAAAAACCCUCAACGUGCUGGCAUCAGGUUCCUCACCAGUGGUGCCGUCCUUGCUGGUGUGUUUGUGUUCAGGUGUGUGUGAAGUUCGGAGAGCUGCCAUUGCUGUGCUCCAUUCUCUCUCAGGGGUUGUUUCUUCACCUUAUUAUCUACUAGUGGAGAACCUCCUCAAAUCAUCAGAGGAGAUAAUCGCUGACCCCUCUUACCUCAGCCAGGCACUGUCCAAGAUGUAUGAGGAGGCACUGUUGUUGAAAGAUAAAAAGAAAAAGCUGGCAUCAAUUGAGCAGCUUCUUCAGUGUGUGCAGUUACCAUGCUGCCCUUCCUACACCUGUAAAACACUGCUGCGAGCACUUCAGGAUGUUCAUGGAGAGCCUAUUUUGGCCAUUCUUCUGCCUGCUGUGGAGCGACUUCUCGAGCAGUGUGCUCCAGACUCAUGCACCUUCCUGCCAGAUGAGGCCCACCUCCUGCAGCUCCUGCUGAGCAAGUUCAAUGAGGCGUCUGCACAUUUACUGGUCAAAGACCCUCGAUGCCUAGAGGUCUUCAUUAGGGCAUUGGGCACCUCAGCCAAGCCGUACCCUUCUAUGCCUGGUUUCCAGAUUAUUGCCCUGGAGCAGAUCACCAAACCAUUCUUCACUGCUCUUGGAGAUGAAAAGAUUCAACAGAAAAUUAUUUCUGUUUUAUUUGACUUGUUGGUGGGGAACAAAAGCCCUGCCUGUGCCCAAGCUAUCAACGGUGUCUUUAAAGCGAUUGCUGUGGAUGCAGAGCUAGUAGCCAAUGAGCUGAUGCCCGUAGAUAAACAAAAGGUUACUGCAACAGUUCAACAAACACGCAGGAGUAAAAUGCAAACUAGAAAAACACAAGAAUCAUCUGGGGCAGUGCCGGAGGAGAAUGUUGUCUCUUGGCCAAGAGUUACCCUGAUUUUAGAGCUUCUGCAACACAAGAAAAAGCUAAGGAGAGCCCAGUGUCUUGUGCCCGCUCUGUUUAAUCUUCUGUUCAGAUGUCUGGAGCCUGUCGCAGCUGAACAGGAGAAUCUCGAGUACACAAAACAACUCAUUCUCAGCUGCCUGCUGAAUGUCUGUCAGAAACUGUCUCCCGAUGGAGGGCCUAUAAGCAAAGAUGUGCUGGAGGAGGAUCAAUUUAAUGUGGAGCUGGUAGUGCAGUGUGUCAGGAUGUCAGACAUGCCCCAAACUCACCAUCAUGCUCUCCUCCUGCUUGGUGCUUUGGCGGGUAUCUUUCCUGAGAAGGUUCUUCACAACAUCAUGCCCAUCUUCACAUUCAUGGGCUCCAACAUCAUGCGACUGGAUGACACUUACAGCUUCCAGGUCAUCAACAAGACUGUUCAGGCAGUCAUCCCUGCUCUUAUAAAGGGAGAUCUGAAUAAGAUUGGUGAGAUCGAGGGGUAUGUGAUUGACUGCCUGUUAGUGAUGGUUAUGAAACUUUCAGAAGUCACUUUCAGACCUCUCUUCUUCAAGUUAUUUGACUGGUCAAAGAUGGAUGGUGCUUCUAAAAACCGCCUGUUGACGUUCUACAGACUGGCAGACAAUAUCGCCAACAAACUCAAAGGACUGUUUGUGUUGUUUGCUGGGCAGCUGGUCAAACCCAUCUCUGAACUGCUGCGUCAGCUCAACAUUUCUCACACAGACAAACCCUUCUUCGAUUCAGAUGAUGAUGAGGAGGAGGAUUCAGAUGAUGAUGAUGAUGAUGUGACAAAGAGCAGCCUGCUGCUGCAGUAUGUGUUGGACUGCCUUCAUAAAAUCUUCCUCUAUGAUACUCAGCGCUUCCUCAGUAAGGAGAGGGCUGACGCUCUCCUGGGCCCCCUGGUGGAUCAGUUGGAGAACAUGCUAGGAGGUGACGAGAUCUACAAGACCCACAUUACCAAGCAUUUGGUGCCCUGUAUUGCCCAGUUUGCUGUUGCCUUGGGAGAUGACUCCCAGUGGAAAGUUCUCAAUUAUCAGAUUCUGCUCAAGACACGACACAGUUCACCUAAGGUGCGUUUCUCUGCACUUGUCAUGUUGCUGGAGUUGGCAAGCAAGCUGAGGGAGAACUACAUGGUUCUUCUGCCAGAGACUAUCCCAUUUCUGGCUGAGCUUAUGGAGGAUGAAUGUGAGGAAGUGGAGCAGCAGGUGCAGAAGGUCAUUCAUGAAAUGGAGACUAUCCUCGGUGAACCACUGCAAAGCUACUUUUAAUUCCACCCGGGACUGAUUUCACACCAUCACAGGCGCUUCUUACACCCUUUUAAGUGUGCAUUCAUUAUCCGUGUAUAAUAUUUAGUGAUGAACUGUAUUAAUUACUUUAUUAAUUACUAAUAUUAGUCAGUCUGCCCACCAGUUCCACCUGUACACAUAACUGACUGACAGCUUGGCCCACUACCUUUGUGUCCAUGUAUAUGUAAAUGUAAAAAAGCCACAAAUCACUGGAUGCCACAUGCUUUUGACAGUAGGGUUAUAUAAAAACGACACGCAUGAUGUUUAAAUGUCCGUUUUUAAAAAUGAAAUGGUUUUAUAUUGAAUUUUCGAAUGCAUACUGAUGUACCUCUCUGGAAUCUGAACAUCAUAAAAAGAUUUGGAAGAGU